CGCCUCAUCUAAGAAUUGUGCCUCGUCAGAGAGCUGCGCCAUCGUGUGCGCUGUGCCCUCGUUAAGGUAAAGUGGUUUUCUGCCUGCCCGCGUGUCAGUCGUCGCACAUGUUUGUCGGGGCAUGGGAGUAGCCGCAUCGCGCCACGUGUCGCAAGUUGCGGGGACGGCGGGAACGGAUGUCGAUGACAUUGGGGCACAUGGUUUUUGUAUGCCCUUUUGCUUCCAAGUAGGGGAGAAAAUAGAGGAACGGAGGGGAGCGCAAGAAGGGGAGGAAGAAGGGGAGGAAGAGGGGGAAGAAGAGGAGGAAGGGGAGGAAGCGGGAGAAACGGAGCUACUUGAUUUGCUUGAAGAAAGGGAGGGUGCCGGAGCUGGAGAAGGCGAAGUGGAGCACAGUGAGGACGAUGCAGGAUCUAGAGAGUCGUCUGACGAGUUCGGACAACUGUAUGGAGAGCAUCACAAGGAUGAUGUCGACGACGAUGCCACGGCAAUAGAGAUGGAGACAGAGGUCGUUAGCAGCCUUUCCGCACAGCCUGAAGAUUAUGCGGUCCGACCACUGACAUCUGCUGUCGACUUGCAACACCGCUUUGACGAGGCUUCCGUCGCUAUCAGCCCGUCUAAAGCAAGUCGGCGUAUAAGCAUCGACGAAGUUAUCGACGGUAUCCUCAACGAACACAACGUGUCUGCCCGUCCGUUCACAACGCCUGACGUCGACGACACUGGCAACGUCACGUCUUCCGUGGCAGCUGCCCUCGCUUCGUCGCCGCCGAAGUCUCUGGUCCUGCCGACCACCCUUGUCGUCGGAGAGGAAGGCGAGGUCGGGGGACGACAACAUGUCACGUCCCCAAAAAAAUCGAGGGUCGUUGGUCAAGCUCUCGACAUGCUCGCUUUGCCCGCACUAAAUUCCCCAUCGAAGGAGCGGAGAGAGAAACAGACUGGUAAGCCGUGAAGAAUGCCACACUGCCUGCGUGUCCGGAUGUCGUCGAAUUAUAGUCCGCGCUGUACACACGAC